AUGGGAUCACGGUAUGUAUAAGAUUCCUAUAAAUAAUAAAGAGAAAGGAGUAAUUAAUAAAUCUUAUAUACAUAACUUGUAAAUAUUUUAAUAAGAAAUUGAUAACGAACUUGCUGUAUUACUUUUACAAGAUCUUUUAAUAUAGAUCGUCUAGAACGAUUGACAAUGACAGCAGCUGCUAAAUAUCUCAAUAUAUGAGGACACAUUGUUUGAAUUGCAUUUAGAUAGCUGUAAAAUAAUAAAAGCAUAAUCUUAAAAUUUUGUCAUACUUAACAUUAUCUUAAUACUAAUAAAAAUAUUGACAUACUGUGGUCUAUAGAGAAACAUUUCUACGAUUAAAUCUCUGCCUUUCACAUGAUUAAAAAAUACAAACAAACUCCAAUGAAUAAGCCAUGUCCUUUGUUGUAAUACUUGAAGAGAGUUUCCUAUGACAUUGCUAUCAAUGUAUUCCCUUAAUUUGUUUACAUCUUCCAGUGCGGUUUCCCAAUUUUGCACUAGAAUUUCUGAUGCUAAUUUACCCCAAAGUACAUUUAAAUAAUUCUAAAAAUUAUACAUUCUUUAUUAUUUUAAAAAUAAAUUAAUCUUAUAAGUCAAUUUAUUAUAUACUUAUCAAACUUAUAGUAUUAACACCUUAUCUGUUGGUGGCAUUAUAAGCAUGUAGAAAUAUAAAUACGAUGUAGAAACAGAAUAAUUGCCACAUUCAUAACGGUAUUUUGCUAGUUUCACAAAACUGUCCAUCAUUUCCACUCUGAACUAUAAAAAUAUAAUAUAUAAAAAUUAAUAUAAUUUCAAAAAUCUGUAUCAUUAAUGUAAACAAUUCCUACACUCUAAUCAUCUAUAAUAUCUAUAAUAAUAAUUAUAGAUAUUACUUAAUAUGUACAGCAUGUUUGAAACAUAUUUUUUUUUUACUACUCUCCAUAUUAAUUUGUUAUAUUAAUAAUAAAUAUUGCUUAAUUAAACGUAUUUAUAUAAAAAUUAGCAUUAUAUUUAAUCUCAUUUCAUUUACCUCAGAUUCUUGAGUAAGGUAAUUAUUUAAUGCUUUAGAAUCUCGCAUAUUUUCCAUCUUUUUCAUGACUUCUUCAUUAUUCAUAAGUUGUACAACAACGGACACGUUAUUUUGUAAAAUACCAAGUUCUUGCAGUACAUCUGCACGACGGGCUUUCAAUUCCUGGAAUUAGAUUUAAAAUCAAGUUUACAUAAACAUAUGUAUACCAUCACUCAUUAAAUUUGUUUGUACCUCUGGCACUUCCAAAUUAGGGUAGAGUUGUUUCCGAAUGUCAAUUGUAUAAUCUAUCAUGUUUGUUUUACUAAGAAUAUCGAGCUUAGCUUGAAGUAACUCGUCCUCAUCGUAAAUCUAAAAAAGCACAAGUACAUCAUAACCAAACUGUCCGAAGCAGAAAUGUUUUCCCUUUUUAUUAUAUACCUGUUUUGCAGAUAAGAAUUCCAAAAGUGGAAAUACUAAAUGCCGAUCGAGAUAUUGACCUAUACGCGAUGUCAAGUCGAAUUUCGCCAUUUCGUUUCCUAAGAAAUACCGAAUAAUAGCAAUCCUAACUAAUCUACAGGUAAAAGGGAGCUGACCACGCUCCACGUUAACGUCAGAGAACAUAGAAUUGAUUGAACGGAAAGUUUCUAUCGAAGCAGAUGAAUUUUAGUUGUAUCAUUUUCCGAAUGAUGUUUAAUAUGUAACAUAUGAAACAUUUUUAAUUAUUUUAUAUUAAUAUAAUAUGUAAUUGUAUUAACGUUGAAAAGAUAAAUAAAAAAAUAUUACAAUAAAUAUUCCAUUUGAACAUUAAUUUAUGUUAUAAAGUGCUCACUAUGAAACGUACAAAAGAUAAGUAAAAUCAAAUACAAUAAAAUAUUUGUAGAAUUAAUAGAAAUACUUUUGACACGAUUUUAUAAUGAAAUUUUAUUAUGAUAUGAACUAUCAAUAUAUAUACAUAUAUACAAUACAUAGUAUAAUGAAAUAUCAUCAAAAAUCAUUAUUUUUUAUUGUAUAAAUCUCUAUCUUAGAUACUUUGAUAAACAGCUUAAAAGACAAAUAUUUUUUAUCUGUGUAAAUCCUUUAUUUUUAUAAAUAAUCAUUAAAUAAUAAUGUACUAUAAUUAUUAUUGACAAAAUCGAAUUUCGAGAUUAAAAGGUAUAUUUCUAGAUUAAAAUAUAUGAAUAGAUUUAUAUAAAUAAAAGAAUUUAUUGAAUAAAACAGUAUAAUAUAAACUACUAUUGUUCAUGCUCUCUUAUACAGAAUGUGUACUUCAUGGUCCAUCUUUUUACUAUCACAUAUGUAUAUGAAUUGUUCCAUGGUCGGAAGUAAAUUCCUGUUCAUUUAUAACUUCUGUUAUUAGAUUUCCUGUAUUUGACAUCUGUAAAUACUGGAAAGUGAAUGAAAUGCCACCUAAAAAGGCACCUGCUCCCAGUAAAAAGGCGGAGCAGAAGAAAAAAGAGAAAGUUAUCGAGGAUAAGACUUUUGGUAUAAAGAACAAGAAAGGUGCCAAACAACAAAAAUUUAUUCAACAAGUAGAGAAGCAGGUAAAAUCAGGUGGUGUUAAUCCACGGAAAUUAGAAGAUCCUAAUAUUAAAAAGCUUGAAAAAGAAAAAAAAUUAAAGGAGCAGAAAGAAUUAGCUCUCAUAUUUAAACCUGUGCAAACACAAAAAAUAGAUAAAGGAACUGAUCCUAAAUCGGUAGUAUGUGCAUUCUUUAAACAAGGACAAUGUACGAAAGGUGAUAAAUGUAAAUUUUCUCACGAUUUAAGUGUAGAAAGGAAAGCAGAAAAACGUUCGUUAUACUGUGAUAUGAGAGAUGAUGAUAAAGAAACUGAUACAAUGGAUAAAUGGGAUGAAGACAAAUUAAAAGAAGUUGUUGAGAAAAAGCAUGGCAGUGGUAAUCGUCCAACUACAGAUAUUAUUUGUAAACAUUUUCUAGAAGCGGUUGAAAAAUCAAAAUAUGGUUGGUUUUGGGAAUGCCCGUCGGGACAAAAAUGUAUCUAUAGGCAUGCAUUACCACCUGGUUUUGUUCUUAAAAAAGAUAAAAAGAAGGAAGAUAAAAAAGAUGAAAUCUCCUUAGAAGACUUAAUCGAAACAGAGCGAGCCAAUUUGGGACCAAAUCAAACGAAAAUAACAUUAGAAACAUUCUUGGCAUGGAAAAAGAGGAAAUUAAAAGAAAAGAAAGAACAGGCACUGAAAGAUGAAGAAAAAAGACGGAAUGAUUAUAAAGCUGGCCGCCAAGUCGGUAUAUCUGGCAGAGAAAUGUUUUACUUUAAUCCGGAGCUUGCAGCUGGAGAUGGUAUUGAUGAUGGAGACGAAGCAAUAUCUAGUUAUGUCCGUGAAGAAGAUGAGGCUGAAGAGAAAGUUGAAUAUAGGGAACUUGAUAUGGAUAGACUUGCACUUGAAGCUAGUGAAAUUGAUACUUCUGGAAUAACUGUAGCUGGUGCUGAUCGAUUGAAAAAUAAUAAAGAUAUAAAUAAUGAAAGUUCCACAGUUACUGUUGGUGAAGGUGCAGCUGCAUUAGCAAUUAAUGAAAAUCUAUUUAAAGAGGAAGAUUUAGAAGGCUUAGAAGAAGAAUUAGAAGAUUUAGAUUUAGAAGAGUGAUUUAAAUAUUUUGUUCAAAUUCUUCCUUUUACUCAAUGUAUUCAUUUAUCUGUAUCUUUACAAUAUAUGUAUCGAUAUAUUAUACGUACAUUUACUCGAAAUGUAAUAUCUUGUAUAUUAUUACUUAAAAAUUUUCAAACAAUAUACUUACACAAAAAGUACAUGUAAAGAGCUGGUCUCGUGCAGGUUACUUGAAAUUGAAAUUAAUGUAUUUUAAUGUAAUUAUGUUUUACAAUUUUUUACGAUGAAAAAUAUAGUCGAAUUCUUUGUUAUUGCAUUCAUGAAGAUGUGAAUAAAAGUGCGCAUGAAACAAACAAUAUAUAUUGUUAUUUAUGUUUAUUUUAGAUAAAAAUUUUAAUUAAAAAUAGUAUAGAUUCUCAUUAAUUUUUAACAAUAUAAAGCAGAAGUCUUUAUUAUCUUUAUUAAUUGCAUAAAUUCAUUGCUAUUACAAAAAAAGUUAUCCAAAUAUUUGUUUAUACUAUAAAAUUAUGGAUUAUUUAUUGCAUUUUGAAAAUUUAUAAACAAUUUUCGCAAUAUUUAAACAACCAUUAUAUGAAAUAAUAAAAAAUAAUGUGAUGCUUAGAUAGUUGCAUAUACAUAUACGUAUACAGGGUAUUUCAUGUAAAAUGUUACAAACUGUUUCCUUCAAAACGGGUUGUAGAUGUAAACUUGAAAUAAGGCGAAUAGACUAAUAUUUUAAAAUAGAAAUUAAAUAAUUGCAGAAGUGAAUCUUUUAGAAAUUAAUAAUUUUAGAUAAUUUCAUCAAAUAUAUUUGCAAAAAAUUAUAUUAAAUAAAAACUAUAUUUUAAAAAUUUUAAACUUUUAUAUGUUUCACAAUUUAAAAUAUAUAUAUAUAAUAUAGAUUUAUUUUAACUGUUAUUAAAAUGUUGUUAACUGUUAUUUUAUAA